ACCUGACGGCAUGUAAAUAACACUAAAUGGAAGAAUAUCAUGGAUAUCAUGGAUCCUUUUAUUUAACACUGAAUAUGAACAGAGUGUUUCAACUACUAGUAGGAGUCCAGCCAAGCGGAAAUUCCUGAAAGAUUACAGUAAUAUGAAGAUUGCCACUGAACCCCAAGGAGCAUUUUCACUGAUUUGAUGACCAUGAGACGGAGCCCAAGGAGACCCCUGAUCCUGAGAAGAAGAAAGUUGCCGUUUCAGCAAAAUGAUCCACCAGCAGCUGAAUCGCAAAGCCGAUCUGGUGAAACUGCUUCCAAAGAACCCUCCGAAUCCGGUGCCAGUCAGUGCUUCCCCGAUGGGAUCCGCAUUAUGGAUCAUCCCUCCAUGUCUGAUGUUCAGGUGGUUGUCAUUCCCAAAGCAGCAGAUCUUCAAAGUGUUAUUGGGGCCCUCUCUGUCAAAGGCAAAGAGUGUGGUGUCCAGGGACCGAACAAGUUCAUCCUUCUAAGUGGGAAUGGAAGCCAGGAGGAUGGAUUUUUCUGCCAGCCUGCUGCUGAAGGGGAUGACGUCUCUAUAAGUAGUACAGCUGGUCAACCAGUGAAAGCAGAAACGACGCCCGCUCCAGAUGCUAAACCACUCACUGCAAUUAAAGCAUUGAAUAAGGAUCUGGACUGUGGUCCUUUAGAUGACAGCCUCACCAAUAUUCAGUGGCUGGGCAGAAUGAACACAUCCGCCUUGGAACCAAAUCCUGCGAAGCAGCCGACCAACGCGGAGAACAAAAACUCAACUUCACAGCCUUUUCAGGCACAAAAUACACACAUGGAAGCAGAAGCUGUCCAACAACCCAUGUCAGAGAGGCCACCAUACUCCUACAUGGCCAUGAUCCAGUUUGCCAUCAACAGUCGGAAGAACAGGAGGAUGACACUGAAGGAGAUUUACACGUGGAUCGAGGACCACUUCCCUUACUUCAGAGAGGUGGCCAAACCAGGAUGGAAGAAUUCCAUCCGCCACAACCUUUCGCUCCACGACAUGUUCAUUCGUGAGACGUCACCAGAUGGUAAGAUUUCGUUCUGGACUAUCCGGCCUGAGGCGAAUCGGUGUCUGACUCUCGACCAGGUGUACAAGCCUGGCUGUGACCCAAUGACUGCUCCUGUUCCAGUGCCAAUGCUUUUCUUUCCCCACCAACAACAAAAGAGGAUGCUUCCAGAUGCAAGAAAAACAGCAACGGGCCCCGAGAGAAAGAUGAAACCUCUUCUCCCUCGAACGGAUUCCUACUUGGUUCCUAUCCAGCUCCCCGUCGCCUCCUCCGUCUAUCUGCCGUCCUCAUCGGCGCAGUUCCCCCCCUCUGGCUCGCAGCAGAAGCAGAACACUUCACGGGGAGCCAAGAGAGUGCGGAUAGCUCCUAAGGUGACCCAGAGUGACGUCCCGGCCACGGUGAUGUACCCUCAGAAGAGCAAAGACCUCAAGGUGAAGGUGAAGGACGAGCCGGUGUGUGUUCCAGUCAAAUGCGAGACUCCCAAAUCCCUUCCCAAGAGUCAAGCCAGCAGCUCUCGACGAAAGCAGCGCCUGGUUCACUCCGUGCACGAGGAGCCCGUCCUCCUCUGCCCCGACAAUACUUUCUUUGAUUCUGGCGUCGCCUCCGAUGCCUCGACUUUCCAGGACGUGCGGGACGCCGAGCUGGACGAGCACCAGCAUGAGCAGCACAGCCCCGAUCGGGAGUUCUCCUUCAAGACCCCCAUAAAAAGCAGCAGCCACCUGACCUCCUCCACGCCCAGCAAGCCCCCCUCUAAUGUCUUGCCCGAGCCCUGGAAAGUGACCCCUGUGGGCAAAGGCGGCCAAAACGUUCUGGACUUCAGCCCCAUCCGCACGCCAGGUGGUCCUGCAGUCACGCCGCGGCCUGACUACACCACCUUCAGCUUCAACAGCACUCCCUUUAAAGACUUGCCUCUGUUCAGCUCCCCCAGAGAGCUGCUCACGUCAGCCCCCUCCAGGGCGACCGGACCAACGGACUCUCCCAUCGAAUGCCUCAGGAGCAGCUGCUCCAGAGAGCUGCUGCAGGCGGGAGGCGCCACACCGGCGAACCGCUCAGUCACUGAGGGCCUCGUGCUGGACACAAUGAACGACAGCCUGAGCAAGAUACUGGUGGACAUUAGCUUCACUGGUCUGGAUGAUGAGGACUUGGGUAUCGCCAAUAUCAGCUGGUCCGAAUUCCUCCCUCAGUUAAAGUAGCCUGAGAGCUGAAACACAUUAUAUUUCAGUUACGUGGAUGUGUCCUCUGUUUUCCAGAACACUACAGGCUGGAAACAUCACACAGAAAGAGCGAAGCAGAUGCAAACGAGGGAAAAGUUACCAUUUGAGAAAACUGUCAGAAUUGGAGACAGUUAAUUAAGAUUAUAUGACCUGGAUUAGAGGAAGAUGAGUGAACAUAGUUUUAGAUUAAAGCUAAAAUCCACAAUGUUGCGUCAUUGUUAUGUCUUACCUGGUGGGAGACACGCUUCCUGGGACUGACCCUGAAAAUGGCCUCUAAUUUCAAACUAAAUCAACUUAAAAGUGACACUAAAAGCUGUGGGUUUGCAGCUUUGAUUGAAUGGAUGCACUCUUCCAUUCAGCUGCUGCACUUUUACAGCUUUAACGCUCGAGGAAGCCCAUUUGCUUUUAAAGAAUUUGCUUUCGUUUGCAUCUGCUUUGCUUUUCUCUGGAUGUUUCUGGCUGCUGUUGUGAUAAAAGUCAGAAAAUGAUCUGUUGUCAACGGGUCAAUUAGCAAAGCCUCACAUUGUUCCUCUCAUCACUCAGUAACUCUCUGCGCUGUCUGUAAAAAUGUCAAUGUGGGAACUUUGAACAUAGUCCUCUUUUCGUUGUCAUUUAUCCCACCUGUCAUAUCUGUCUGUGCCGUUGAAGGAAUCGCCCGAGAGGAGUGACACGUCUAAGUGUACAUGUAUGUUGAUUUGCACAUUUUAAUAUAUUAUUUAGCUUUUAUGUAUGUAAAUGGAAAGACAUUAUAUUGCCUGAUAAGCCAGUUCUUUUGAUUCGGGCGCCUCCUGGAAUCGCCUUUUAGAGCUUUUAGAUCGUGAUCGAGAUCGUUAUUAGCAAUAAACAACAGCGAAGUAAUCCAGCUGGCACUAACAGCAGCGAGACUGCCUCUGUACGUUGAUCUGUCUUCACCUUUUAACUUGUUAAUUUUCUUCCAGUACUUGUUCAUCAGUAUGCCGCUUUGUACCUGCAGAGAGGGACAUUCUGCAUGCAAUGACUCCUCAUGCCAGCACUCGUAUUUGAAGUCUGCUGGGAACAACACGCUUCAUAUUUUGUGUCCGUCUAGCACAGAUUGUGUCAGUUGUGAAUAAAGAUGCAAACAGCC